AUAUGCGAAGUAAAUUAGUGUCGGUGAAAUAAGACAGGUAAUACGACCAAGUAGUGUGAGCAACGUUAUACAAACGCUACCUCUAUCAUAUAGGCUGUUGUGCUCCCGACGUCGUACUAGCCUGACGACAUUGUACUGGUAUAUACAAGCCUCAGUACUGCAUACAUAUAUUAUUAAAUAUAACUUUUUCGCUUGUUAUAACUUCACAGAAACGUGUAUUGGAAGCCUAAACUGAAUGGAAUUGUGCAGCAUGAAACAAAACGGAACAGUCUGUCAGGUGGAGCGGUUUGCGAGUUCAUACAUGGCACAGCCGAACGGGAGCGUUUGCAGGAUACAAGGGAAUGGGCAUCCCUGCACGAAGGAAGCAAAGUCCCCCACCUCCACAAAGCACCGCUUCAGUGGACUGGUGCCACGCCGGGGGAAAGCUUCAGCCUGCACCGGCAACAGGUGCGUCGGCAUUUUCAACGGGACGAGGACUGUGACAGCGCUGGUGACCGGGGGAGGAGGCUACUUUGGUCACAGUCUGGGGUGCGCCUUGGUGAGGUGUGGCAUUUCGGUUAUCCUCUUGGAUUUGCACAAACCUAAAUGGGAUAUCCCAGAAGGAGCUGUGUUUCUGCAGAGUGACAUACGGGAUUAUGGUGCACUUUAUAAAGUCUGUGACGGGGUAGGCUGUGUUUUCCACGUCGCUUCAUAUGGCAUGUCAGGGCCGGAGCAGCUUAAGAAAGCGCAGAUUGAAUCUGUGAAUGUUGGUGGGACUAACAAUGUAAUUAGAGUGUGCAAACAGAGAAAUAUUACUAGAUUGAUCUACACAAGUACUGUGAACGUAGUGUUUGGAGGAAGUCCUAUUGAACAAGGGGACGAGGAAACAGUGCCGUAUGUACCUCUGGACAAGCAUGUAGAUCAAUACUCCAAGACCAAAGCCAUUGCUGACCAAAUGGUGCUAGCAGCUAAUGGGACUCCAUUGAAGGGUGGUAUGACACUGCGGACCUGUGUCCUUCGACCCCCAGGUAUUUACGGGCCUGAAGAGCGAAGACACUUACAGCGAGUUGCUGUGAAUAUCGAGAGGAGGCUCUUCAGCUUUAGCUUUGGAAACCGGCAUGCCAAGAUGAACUGGGUUCACAUCGACAAUCUGGUCCAGGCUCACUUGCUGGCAGCGGAGGCUCUCACUGCAGGCAAGGGGUACAUUGCAAGCGGACAGAUUUAUUACAUCAAUGACGGGCAGUCUGUCAAUCUGUUUGAAUGGCUGACCCCUCUGUUUGAGAAGCUGGGACACAGUCGACCACUGAUUCAUCUACCUGUCUCACUAGUUUACACAGCAGCCAUUCUAUUGGAGUGUCUUCAUGUGGCACUUAGGCCGGUCAUUGAAAUCCCACUCUUGUUAACCAGGAAUGAGGUGAGGAACAUUGCUGUCACUCACACCUUCAAGAUAGACAAAGCUCGCAGGCAGCUGGGGUUCUGUCCAAAGCAGUACAGCUUCACAGAUUCGGUGGAUUACUACAUGAAAUCCAGAGUGGACGAGCAAAGCUGCUUUUCAGUCUGCCUGAAAGCCACGCUGAUCAUCGGGAGCUUGCUGGCCUUACUGUUCCUGUCCUGCUUUUGGGAUGACUUGUCAAUCCUAAAGACAUCAAAUGAAACUGGUCAUUAACUACCAGCCCUUCAUUUGAGGGCUUUUUGGUCUUUUUGUUUUUCAGUGCUGUUCUGCCUAUAUGGAACCGAUAGUAUAGCAUAUUUGAUAUAAUGUUGCAGCAGCAACAUAGUACAUAUAGUGUGUUUGACAUAUAUGCAGCUAACUUCAGUAAUUUAUUUCAGCCAUCCGUUAACCCUUAUAAGCUAUGAACAGCUGUGCAUAUUUGCUGUUAUACAGUAUA